ACUAUAUAAGGGGAUUCCUGGGUCUCUUUCAGCACAGUUGCCUCUCAAGCACUGCAAGAUGCCCUCCAAGACAGUUAUUGCCACCUUCACUGUGGUCCUUUUCGGGAUAGUAGCAGCUGGUCCAGUUGCUGAACCCGAACCGGAAGCAAAUCCUGGAUUCCACAGAGGAUUUGGUGGAGGAUUUGGAGGAUUUGGUGGCCAUGGAUUCGGAUAUGGAGGCUACCGUGGAAAGAGGAGCCCAGUAGCUGAAGCUGAGCCCGGAUUCCAUCGAGGAUUUGGUGGAGGAUUCGGAGGAUUUGGUGGCCAUGGAUUCGGAUAUGGAGGCUACCGUGGAAAGAGGAGCCCAGUAGCUGAAGCUGAGCCCGGAUUCCAUAGAGGAUUUGGUGGAGGAUUUGGAGGAUUUGGUGGCCAUGGAUUCGGAUAUGGAGGCUACCGUGGAAAGAGGAGCCCAGUAGCUGAAGCUGAGCCCGGAUUCCAUCGAGGAUUUGGUGGAGGAUUUGGAGGAUUUGGUGGCCAUGGAUUCGGAUACGGAGGCUACCGUGGAAAGAGGAGCCCAGUAGCUGAAGCUGAGCCCGGAUUCCAUCGAGGAUUUGGUGGAGGAUUUGGUGGUUUUGGUCAUAUUGGAGGAGGCAGAUAUUAUGGUUAGGACAAAAUUUCAAAAGUCCUUCCAAUUUACAUACGUUUAGAAAUAAAACUAAUUUUCAAAACA